AUGGUAGAAGAGGUAAAGAGCCACGCAAAUAAAAUAAAAGAUAGUGAUCUAGUCAUUGCUCAUAUAAAAUCUUUUAAACCUAAUAUAUCUCAUUAUCGAAGAAGUCAUGCACCACAGCGUUUAUAUCUCCCCAGUGAUUUAUCUGUCCAAAAAUUGUACAAUUAUUUUAACUCAAAACACCCUAAUACAUGUCCGUAUGAAUAUUAUAGGAAGGCAAUUUGGAGUCUCAAUAUUUCUUUUGUGCAACUUGGCCAUGAAGAAUGCGAAUUUUGCGAACAUUUUAAGUUCCAUGGUCAUUCUGAGGAUACUAUUCAAGCAGAUUGUGAGGAGUGCAACAUAUGGAUAAAGCACAAAGAAGCAGCUAUAAAUGCUCGAGAAGAAUACGAUAAAGAUGUGAAAAAGCAAGGUGAAGAAGAUUGUUUCAUCUAUUCAGUUGAUCUUCAAAAAGUAAUUAUGUUACCCCGAUGCGACAUGUUUAAGAAUGUUAUUUUUAUAAAACGUUUAACAACUUACAACGAAAGCUUUGUUCCAGUAGGGAAAUCUACUUCGAAUAUUCGUACAGCAGCAGCUAUAUGGCAUGAAGCUAUAAGUGGAAGAAAGAAAGAAGAUAUUGACAACCAAAUUUCCGGUUUAGUCAACAAGCAGUGA